AUGGCGAAUCUAGACCAACAACUGGACGGUGCUUUGGAUAUGAUGAGGAGGCUUCCACCUCAUCACGUUCAGAGAAAUCUUAGUAACUUAAUUGACCUCGUCCCUGAUCUUUGCGAUGAUCUCCUAGCGGCCGUUGAUCAACCCCUCAAAGUCGGCAAAGACAAAAAGACCGGGCAGGACUAUCUCUUUUGCGACUAUAACAGAGACGGCGACUCCUACAGAUCUCCACAUUCGAACGAGUAUGAUCCCCCGAUUGAAGAUGGAGCUGUUCCAUCAGAUUACCUACGGAAAUUAGAGAUUGAAAUGAAUCAAGCCUUCAAUCAGUACCGAGAAUUAUAUUUUGACGGUGGAGUCAGUUCAGUAUAUCUCUGGGAUCUGGAUCAUGGAUUCGCCGGAGUCAUUCUAAUUAAAAAAGCGACAGAAAAAGCACCAAAAGGUUGUUGGGAUUCGAUUCAUGUUUUCGAGUGCCAAGAAAAAUCGAGAUCGGCGCAUUACAAGCUCACUUCUACGGUUAUGCUCUGGCUGCAGACGAAUACAAAAGGCGCUGGAAUGAUGAACCUUGGUGGCUCUCUUAUGCGACAAUUGGAGAGAGACAUGCCUUUGGAUGCCAGCUCGCCACACGUGAUCAACUUUGGCAAACUUGUAGAAGAGCACGAGAAUAAAAUUCGCCACACGCUGAACGAGAUCUAUUUCGGCAAGUCGCGCGAUAUCGUCCACGGCCUGCGCUCAAUCCAGCCUCUGCAAGAUGAAAAAGCAAAGAAGGCCCUUGCCGCCGAACUUAAUCGCAAGCUAAACAAGCCAUCCUAA